UGUUUCUUUAAACUGGGAGGAAAGACCUGGACAGAACAGUCGAGAAACCUGUGACACUAAAUCUAACAAAGGAAAAAUCUACUGAAGACAAGAUGGGGGAUGAUCGUAAGACAUUCCUGACACUUGUCGUGAUAGCAGUGGUGACUGUUGCGAUUUUCAUCACUGUAAUCGUCAUGGAAGUCAAACAUUCAAGUGAACUGGAUGAAUUGACGAAUCAAAUUACAGAGACAUCUGUUAGCAGCUACACAUCAGACAAAAAACUAGUCAAUAUGAUAGGGCUGCGUCAAGAUUAUCGACUGCAGGAGUGCCAAAGGUCAGACUUCAAACAAUCAUUCUCGGAUGUCGACUACGCGCUUUUAGGAUACAACAUCCUUCGAGGUUACCCUUUGGCAGUCGGUCAUGAUCCCGGUUUCACGUACCCAAUAUUUCAUGCUGAUUAUACAUCAGGUGGUAUGACUGCAGACUGUAGGUAUAGUGUUCCUGACGGACUUGUUGUCAUUCCGGAUGUAUCGUGUGAGACUUCGUUUGCGUCAAAGACCGUUAACAAUGUGUACGAGUUCGCUAAAGCACUAAAGGUAUCGGCAAAUGCAAAAGCUAGUGGAUGGGGUGCUUCCUUUUCAGCCAGUGGUGGGUACAAAUCAUCAUCAUCAGAAAUUGCAAAGGGGGAAAGCGUUUAUAUAAUUUCUACGGCCAAAUGUCAGUAUUAUUUUAGUAAGUUAAUCCCUGAUGCUUCUCCACGAUUUGACGAUACUUUUAAACAAUGGUUAUUUAAAUUACAUAACACACAAAGUAGCUCUCCUGAUUUCUCUCAGAUCUAUAUUGAAUUCUUAGAUAGGUAUGGGACACACUUUCCUACACAAGUUACAUUCGGAGCAAGGUACACCUAUGAACAUAAAAUGACUGCUAGUGAGUACCAAAAACAAACUGAGAGCGGCGUCAAUGUAGCUGUACAAGCUAGUUACUCUGGUUUGUUCAGCAUUGGCGGAGGCUUUGAAUUAGAUUCAUCUCAGAGAGAAUCGGCUUCGAAUUUCGCAAAAUCUGUAGAAACAAAAACAAUAACGGUAGGCGCUGCACCACCAGCUAAUGGUGAUGCAACGACAUGGGCGUCAGAGGUUAAAACUAGCCCAGUUCCAACAGCUUAUACGUUGUCUUCCAUCGAGUCUUUAUUUACUGAGCAGUAUAUGAAAAACACUGAUAUUGAUUACAAACGUAUCGCGAAAAACAUAAACAGUCAUAAAUUAAAGUACUGCAGGUAUCUUCAAAUUACUGGUCAAGUUGAGUCUUGUAAAGAACUUGCCAUCGGAAUUACACUGCAGCACACUAUGAUGGAAAAUAGCAAAAAGACAUUAGCUGUGGCCUCUCUGUCUGUCUGUAUUGAAACUUGUCUAGAAGAAAUUGAUUGCGCAGCGAUCUCAUUUUGUGUUUCAUGCACAUCUGGCCAUUCUAUGUACAAGCGAUGUAACAUGUUUUCAGGGCUGUUGAGAAUCAGGGCUAAAAAAACUGACAAUCCUAUUUGGCAGAGUAACAUAUUUUCCGAUAAGAUUCAAAACAAGACAUCAUUUGCAAACACUGCUAUCGUAGGUGUUGCUCGAGGUUUUAAUAAUGACGAAGAUAAUAAGGCAAAUUUGAAUCGUUGUGAACAACUUUGUAUCGAAGACGCGUACUGUGUUGCAUACUGUCACUGUGACUGUCCGACCAGAAUUCAGAAAUGCAAGUUGUACAGUGAAGGUCAAAUAGGCGGCCUGAUGGAAGAGAACGGUAGUCAGACUUUCUUCCUUUCUAGCAAAUUUUAUGACUCACCGUCGACUUCACCCAAACCUUAGGUUUCCAUUUCUAAGCUGUAAGAUGUCCUCCCACAUAUAUAAAAAUAUUAAGGCUGUCAUGUUUAUAUUUCUAGACAUUCUACGAAACGUGAAGAUGUUUUUUUCUUUUCUUUUCAUCACUUUUGUGUUGAUAUUUUGCAUUUCGUACACCAUAUAGGUCGUUUUAGAUUAACAGCUAGAUUAUCCUCCAAAUUAUUCUUAAACAGGCAGGGGGAGGAAGGAUAUUUAUCUCAGAUCAAUUCAUUAUGACACUAGGGAAGAUUGGUUGCAUCAUCUUUUUAUGUAACAUUUCUAAGCUUUAGAUAUAUAACAAAAAAGACGAAAGGGAUUAGAACAAAAGAAAACUUACAUGUAUAUAGUUUUUCUCGCUAAAGAACAAGAAUAUACUUACAUUAAGCAAUUUGUCAACUAUAAUAAAGUAGCAACACUGUUUUAAGAAAUCGGACAGUUUUGGAAUUAAUAGUUUUGUUUCAUGUUCUCAAACUUUUAUUUACUAGGUUUCUGUCAUUAUCUUUAAAGGUAGACAUUUGAUUUUAGUUAUGUAAUGCAUUUGUACGAAUUUUUUAUACUGAUUAUGAAAACUUACCUUCUGGUUCUGAUUGUUGUCUGUCAAAGGUAAACGUAAAACUGAAAAUAUACAACUACUGAGAUAUUUUCACUUUACAAAAGGUGUAUCUUAAAAUCCCCCCCCCCCCCCCCCCCCCCCCGCCCCCCCCCCCCCCCCCCCCCAAAAAAAAAAAAAAAACAAAAAAAAAAAACCCCACAAAAAACAACACUUUUUUCCCAUAAAGAUGUAGCUUUUUGUGAUAGGCACUUUUCUUCUUUCAUUAGAUCUCUAACAACCUGCAAAAGUUCUUAGUAAAACGUGUUAUAAAAUGCUGCUUCGAUGAGACUGGCCACCUUUAAAUUUUCAAACGUUGCAUGUGAAUAGCAAGGUUUCCUCUAUUUUGUAAUAUCAAUCAUGUCAUAUAACAUUAUUUCAAUGCUGCUGUGUAUUAUAUUGCAUCGUUUUAAUUCAGUUAUACUCAAGUACAUUUCUGCAUUUUCUAUAUAUAUAAGAUAAGAAUAUUAUGUUUUAUAGUAACUUUUAUUUACUAGUUAUUUACUGUUGUAUGAAAAUCUCGUUUAAAUGACUGUUAUAUAAUGCUAAUGCCAUGAUUAUAUGUAACUUUCCAAAUUUGAAAACAAAUGUACAACUGCGUUAACAUUAUCAAUAUACCCUAUACAUAACUUAUUGAUAUAUAUACUUAUUAAUAUAUAUCAUUAAUAUGUACAUGUAUAUAUAUAUAUAUAUAUAUAUAUAUAUAUAUAUAUAUAUAUAUAUAAGUAUAGUAAAUAACACACCAUUACCAUUAACGAGAAAUGGUAAUCACUAAAAUUGAUAUUUUCAACGGAAGUUAUACAAUAUACAGGCAUUUUUAAAAUCUUUUUGUUAUAAUACACUGAAUAUUAAUAAUGCAUUGAAACCAAUUAAAUAUUUACUUUUUUGAUUACCAAAAGUAAAAUGAAUAUUCAUAUUGAAAAUGUCAAUAUCCCUGUAUGCAUCACUAGUUUUUCCGCGUUUUUUUUCUUCAGAAAAAAGUUGUAAAUUACAAGCAUCUAGCACUUAUGAUAUAUCUGAAUUGUUCGGAUCAGUUUUGUUUCUAUAAUAUGAUCAAACUCUUGUUUUUAUACCUUUAUAAUAUAGUUAGAAAAUCAGGCAAAUAAAAAGAUAGAGUCGUGUGCUUUACUUGUUGAUAUAAUCGUCUGAAAAAGAAAUGGACCUCAAGCAAGUUUUCAUGCUAGGAGUCUAUUGGAAGAUAAUUUUGAAUAGGAAAUUUUCUACAAUGUAGAUCUUAAUGAAAAUUCUUACAAUCGUAUAUAUACGUAUCAUCUAUAAUAUAGUCAAGUAACUUUAUUAUGUUCGUGUAUAUUUUGGAUAUUUCCCAAUGACUACAGACAUUCACAAAUUUUAUUUUGCUGUUAAGACAUUAAUGAAUUUUUUUUUAAUUCGUGAUAUGUUUGUUCUGUGUGUCAUUUCUGUAAAUGUAAAAUAUAUCUAAUAAAAUGCUUCUGUAUCAUCAUAAGAA